AGGAGAAUGGGGUUCGUGCUGGUGAUCUCGCUGCCCUUCAUAUUCUUCACCGUCCUGCUCGGCUUCGGCUGCUACUUCCUCGGCAAGCACAAGGGCCGCGAGGAGAUGCGCGCCGGCGUCGGCGCACAGAUCUACGGCACGCCGCUGCCGCCGCCCGGUGUCGCCGGACAGUCCCCGGGGCCGUACCCGGCCCCGGUCCCGGUGAAGAAGGAGGGCCCCGACGCCGUCUGAUCGAUGGAGCGUUGGUGUUGUUGUUUAUUGGGUUUGGUUGAUUAUUACCGGGUGGUGUGGUGUGUCCCCGUGUACAUGGAGUAGUAAUUUGUUGUUCGUUUCUUGUGAGGUGUUCACUGUGAAGGAGGACGGGAUGGUGAUCUGGUGUGUGAUGAUUUGUGAUCACAGUUGCGUUUCUAUGAGAUGUGCAAAUCGAUGUAAUGAAUACUGUAUUAGUUUGUGAUAAUCAACCGUUGCUUGGUAUGUAUGCAAAAUUUGCUUUCUCGGGCUUGAGCUGA